GAUCAAUGGUCUUCAGUCAAUCUCGACUUUAACGCGCUAAUGCGCGGCAAUAAUUGUGUCAAGAGUGUUAAGUGUUCAAUUUGUGUAAUUUUCAGUGUUAAAAUUUAAAAUAUUUAAUUGUUUCAAUUAGAAAAAAGUUUAAAUAGUUAUUCUCAAAUGUAAAGAAAAUAAAUUUGGUGAUUAAAAAAAUAUUAAAUAAAUUAAAAAACAAUAAAAAUAAUUAAAAUAGAAGCAAAGCGUGCUAUUUCGUGGCUUACUACAAGCUGCGUGUGGAAUCCGUGCGUUUUCAAGGCGAUCAAUGGCAAAAGCCUUUCAUUUACCGUUACAAAAUGUGCGCAAGAAGCUACAACCAGCCAGCGUCGCAACUCCCAACUGCGCAGUCAUUGUUGUUGUGGUCAUAUUGAUAUUGAUGCCGCCAUUUUUCUCGCGUGUCUUAGCCUUCCAGCUAUGCGACUCGGACCAUUUCGAGUGCCGCGACGGAAGUUGCAUCUUACUGGAGAAGAUGUGUGAUGGACGUCAUGAUUGUCCUGACAACUCGGACGAAAUGAAUUGCGAAAAGAAGAUGUGCCGCAAGCCGGAUUGGUUUCAAUGUGCCAAACCCAAUGGUCCCUGCUUGUCGUCUGAGCUUAUUUGUAAUGGCAUCGAGAAUUGUCCGGGUGGCGAAGAUGAAUUGGACUGCGUGAGCACGUCAUCCAUGUGGAGUAGCGGUGGUGGCAAGUCGAAGAGCGUCGAUAUCGGCACGGGCGGUUGGUUUACGAAACGUAAUUGCAGCGCCUACGAGUACACUUGUCGCUCGGACAAAACUUGCAUACCGCUGGACUUUAUGUGCGACGGCAAGAGCGACUGUCACGAUCGUUCCGAUGAGGAGGAUGGCUGUGAGCGCGCCAAAAAGAGUUGUCAAGGCUUCUUUUGUGACAAUAAGAAAUGUUUGGAGAGCAAGAAAUGGAUUUGUGAUGGCGUCGAUGAUUGCGGUGAUGGCAGUGAUGAGCGCAAAUGCGGUUUGAAUUGCACAUUGGAACAUGGAAAAUUUUUGUGCCGCGACAAUUCCAGUUGUUUGACCAUCGACGCAGCCUGCAAUGGCAAAACGGACUGCGCGGAUGGCAGCGAUGAGUCAUCUCUUUGCUCUUCGACCAGCAACAAUUGCAGCAUGAAAGCUUGUCCGCCAGCAGCGAUCUGCAAAAUGCUACCCGAACAGGGUGCUCAGUGUAUUUGCCCAAAAGGUUAUCGCAUGUCUAUGCUGGAGAACGCCUGUAGAGAUAUUGAUGAAUGUCUGGAGAUCUAUGGUCUAUGUUCACAGGGUUGCCAGAAUACGCGUGGCUCAUAUCGUUGCACCUGCGAUGUGGGUUAUGUGCUGAAGUCGGACAAUCACACUUGUGAGGCUUAUGGCGGCGAUCCACUGCUACUCUACACCACACAAAUGGCCGUAAUGGGUGUGCAUUUACGUGAUAAAUUAGUUUAUGCGGUGGCAAAGAAUCUGACCAAAGUGAUCGGUGUAUCGUUCGAUGGACAGAGUAUCUACUGGACGAAUAUACAGAAUGAGGCGGAGAGUAUUGUGAAGGCGAAUGCCGAUGGUACCAAUCAAGAGAUACUACUCACGGCGGGCUUGGAUGCACCAGAAGACUUGGCGGUCGAUUGGCUGACAGACAAUAUUUACUUCUCGGACAACACCAUGCGUCACAUUGCGGUCUGCACGAAUGAUGGUCUCUACUGUACAGCGCUCAUCACCGUCGAUGUGCAUCAACCGCGCGGCAUAGCGCUCUGGCCGCAACGCGGACAAAUGUUCUGGACGGAUUGGGGUCUGAAGCCGAUGAUAGCGCGCGCAUCUAUGGAUGGCAGCAACUCACUGCCGCUGGUCACCGAGAAUAUACACUGGCCCAACGGCAUCGCCUUAGAUAUGCAUAAUAAUCGUAUCUACUGGGUGGAUGCCAAGUUGGCCACAAUGGAGAGUACACGAUCCGAUGGCACAGAUCGCCGUCGCAUACUCGACGGUAUAAUGAAACAUCCUUAUGGUUUAUCAGUCUUUGAAGACAACAUCUAUUGGUCGGAUUGGGGUACUAAGAGUGUGCAUAAGUGCAAUAAAUUCACCGGCAAAGCACAUCAAGUAGUCACCAAAGAUCGUACUAUCUAUGCAGUGCACAUUUAUCAUACCGCCAAACAGCCGAAGACCGAUCAUGCUUGUAUGCGUCUUCGUUGCUCUCAUUUAUGUUUGCUCGCCGAAAACGAGAGCGCAACGUGCGCCUGUCCCGAUGACAUGCAAUUGGGCGCCGAUCGUUUGCGUUGCGUAAAGAUACACCGUAAACAGCGACUCUUCAUUGGUGUUAUGAAUUCUUUGAUCGAGAUGGAGCAUACGAAGUUUGGACGUCAUACCAUACUGCAGACACACCAGUUACCGUUAUAUAUCAGUGAGAUGGCUUACAACAAUAUCGAUGAGAAGAUUAUUAUAGCGGAUAAUGUGCACCACACCAUCUAUCAGUUCGAUUUGUUGACGAACAACAUCUCAGUGCUCACGCGUGAGAAUAUCGGUAAUAUAACGUCUAUCGGUUUCGAUCACUUGUCGCACAAUGUUUACUGGACCGAUGCUGAACGUCAUGUGGUAGAAGUCUACUCCCUGCAGACACAACAACGCGCAAUGGUCAGCUUCUUCGCUGGCUUACAAGUACCAAUAGCGCUGGCAGUAAUACCAGAAGAAGGCGUCAUGUUUGUCGCGUUACGCACGCGGAGAUAUGUACACAUCGAUCAACUUCCACUGGACGGUCGCGGCCCGCACACCCAUGCAUUUGAGGAAGAGCUCGGCGAUGAUGAUUUCAGAUUUACCACAGAUUUCGAAACGAAAAGACUUUACUGGUCCGAUAGUGAGCUGGGGCGCAUCUCCUACACCAACUAUCGCAAUCUACAUGACAUCACAUUCCGUACACUGCUCAAACGUCCCUACUCACUGGCUUUGGUCGAGGAUGAUCUCUUCUGGACCGAAUUGCGUUCAUCUGCAAUAUAUUGGACACCCAAAAAUAAUAUGGGCACAUUGAAGCGCAUCGAAAUACAAGUAACCCAGCCGGCUUAUACUCACAUCUUACCCGCGCGCAUACCGCUAUUGGCCAGUCAACCGCUCUCUAUGCAGGAUCAUCCGUGUCAGCAUGGUAAUGGCGGGUGUUCACAUGUUUGUGUGACCGUUACAAAAUCAGUCAGCGCUUGUUUGUGUCCGGCGGGUUUGGUCUUCCGCGAUAUGACCAACACCAGCUGCAUCGAGGCGCUGGACUGUGAGUUCCGCUGUCAUUCGGGCGAGUGUUUGACACAAUCGAGACGUUGUAAUGGACGCAAGGACUGCCCGGAUGGUUCAGAUGAGUUAGGCUGCGAUGCAGGAAGCACUAAAUAUCGCAAGGUGGUUUGUUCUAUUGGCGAUUUUGCUUGUCACGAUGGUACACAGUGUAUAAAUAUGCAAAAUCGUUGUGAUGACAAGAAGAACUGUCGUGAUGGUUCGGAUGAGAUGCAUUGCGAGAAGUUCGAUAAAGACAAACGUUGCCAUGAACAUCAGCAUGCCUGCGACAAUGGAAAUUGUGUGGAUCAGAGCGUUAUGUGCGAUGGCAUUGACGAUUGUGGUGAUCGUUCGGAUGAGUUGAACUGCAAAUCGAAUCCCUCACAAACGACUGACGAUCUACCGGUAUGUCCGGCGAAUAUGUUCCAAUGCAACUCGGGCACUUGCAUUGCGCAGAGCUGGGAAUGUGAUGGGAAAUUGGAUUGUACAGAUGCUUCGGAUGAGCACGAAAAAUGCGGCAUUAAGGAAUGUCCCGCUGAUAUGCACAAAUGUAUGUUGGGCCAAUGCAUCGAUCGUCGUCUAGUUUGUGAUGGACACAACGACUGUGGUGACUAUUCGGAUGAAUUAAAUUGCGAUUUCGUCACUGGCAAGCAGCGUAAUCUCACCUGUGGCACACCCAAACAUCCGAUGUACCAGUGUCCCAGCGAUAAGAGCAUUUGUCUUGAGUUAAGCAGUCGUUGUAAUGGCACCACCGAAUGUCCACGCGGUGAGGAUGAGGAGAAGUGCGGUGUAGUGUGUAGCAUGUACGAAUUCCAGUGCAAGUCCAAUAACGAAUGUAUACGUCUGGAAUUCCGUUGUGAUCGCGAUAAAGACUGCGCUGAUGGCUCCGAUGAAAUGAAUUGCGAACAUUAUAAAAAUACUACCACUGGCGUGGGGUCAAUGAUGAGCAAACUAAAUGAACGUCCUUGCGGACCAAAUAUGUUCGACUGCCGUGAUGGAGAAUGUGUAGAAAUGUCACGUGUUUGUAACGAUUUCGAAGACUGUGAUUCAGGCGCCGAUGAGGGACCACUAUGCGAUACCGCCUGCAGUGCUGUAUCUAAUCGGCCGAUUUGUUCACACAAAUGUCGUCCGACGCCGAUGGGUGCAGUAUGCUCCUGCUUUCCCGGUUAUCGCUUGGAUACGGAUCAGCGCACAUGCUUAGACAUUAACGAGUGCGAAGAUAGUGAGCCAUGUGCGCAGCUCUGUGAGAAUUCACUUGGCUCAUACCACUGCAAAUGCUAUCCGGACUUUAUGUUGCGACCCGACAAGACCACUUGCAAAUCCAUCGAAAGCCAGUCAACCCUGAUGUUCUCUACAUAUAACGAAGUGCGUAGCAUGACGGAGCAACCGAUUACGUUGCGCGUCGCUUGGGCGGUAAACGACUCGAAGAUCGCCGGUUUUGAUUUGAAUGUGCACAAACGUUUGGCUUACUUCACCACCGAUGUCGAGGAUGUGUUGUAUAAAGUGGAUAUGGAGAAAGGUGAAGUCGUGGCGGGUUUAUGGGUGCAGACACCUACUAAAGUUGCCGUGGACUGGAUACAAGAUAAUGUGUAUGUUAUCACGCGCGCCGCUCAGUACGGCAUCAAGGUGUGCUCAUUCAGCGCCAAAAUGUGUGGUCUCAUAGCACAGGCCAAUCCACGCGAAACCAUACGCGCACUCGCCGUUGACGCGCUCAGUCGUCGGCUCUUCUAUGUGACUGUACGCGCACAAACCUUCAGCACGCCCAUUUCAACACUCACCAUGUCCCAUCUGGAUGGCAAGCAAAGUGUGACGUUGUUACUGAAAAGAGGUGGUUACAUCACUGCUUUAGCUUGCGACCCCUACAAACGUCAAAUCUACUUCGUCGACAUGCAUACGAAGACCUUGCAGGCAUUGGACUACAAGACAGGCAGCACACGUAUACCGCACAUAAUCAUACAGAAGGGCAAUGUCAUCAUGCAUCCCUCCGGUUUGACGGUCUAUGAGAAUCAAGCCUACAUCGUGAACAUCGGCUCGAAGGAAGCGGUGCAGUGUCAACUCUUCGGUGCACAUAACUGUAAAGCGUUCAAUUUGAAUAUACUAAAUGCCGAGGAUGUUGUUGUCGAUGGUGCUACACGACAACCGCAUGCCAUAAAUCCCUGCAACAUGGCUAAAUGUCACGGGUUGUGUGUACAAGCCGACUACGGUUACGAGUGUAUGUGUGGUGAUAAUAUUGUGAGCGAACAUGUACGCUGUGCAAAAGAGUACACAAAUGAGAUCGUCUCUAGCGCCUUGCUCUAUGGGAACCCACACGCUGCGGAGCAUACAACGUCUGCGCAUGCGGCAGUUACAGUUAUUGUGGUGCUUUUGCUAUUGGCUCUGCUGUGCGCUGGUGUUGGGUACUUUUACUAUCGUCGUUUCACUCAGGGUCAUCGCGAUUUCAAUAUCAACCUGCAUUUCCAGAAUCCACUAUCUGCAUUCACCGGUGGUGGCGGUGUUGGCAGUGGAAAGUCUACCGGCAGCAUGCAGCAGCAAAGCGGCAUCAGCAGCACAACCGCCUCGUUUGAUGGAGACACGCACAGUUUCGGCGCAGAUGGAGGGCAUGAGAAACGGCAAUACGUACCGCCGAUUUAUCGAUUUUUGCGCAAAAGCGGGAACAGUUCGCCAUCGGGUGCGGAAAUUCUUCUCGAAGCGGCUGCGCCAACGGCCGAAACAGAUGGGCUGGCACCACCUCAACGAAUCACCAGCGAACAAAUGGAACGAGAACCUUUUUACGCCACCACUGGCGCAGUCCGAGUUCAGCAUGGUGAUGAUGAUGCCACAGCCGAACUUGUCCCCUAGAUGAACGCUGCAAUUCUAUUUUAUUUUUUUUUGUAAUUUUUUCCAGAUGUUCUAGCAGAAGCUACAAGCAAUUUUCAAUAUUUUUUGCAUGUUAUUUUUGUAAUUAUUUACAUAUGUAAAAACAGUAUUUUGUAAAUAAUUUUUUUUGUUAAGCUUUUAAGCGCUUACAUAUUUGUUAUUAUUGUAUUUAUGUAAGUGAAAAAUUAUAUUUAUCACUCAGCCUAAUUAGUGAAAGCAAAACAGACAACAGUCAAUUUCAUAGAAAUAGGUACACAUAACGGUUGGUUGGUUGGUUGGCUGGUUGUUUUUUGCUAAAUUUUGCUUUACAAAAUAUUCAAAAUUAUAAAUUUAUUUGUUGUUUGUUAUGUUUAUGGAAAAUCUUUUUUGUCCCUGAAUUGUCAAUACGAAAACAAGUUUCGAAAAUGUAAAAUGAAAAAAAAAAAUUAUGAAUAAAAUAACAGUAAAACUCAAA